AUAUGCAUCAGAGCCUCUGCUUUGAUGCGUCGGGUUGGACGAGUGCGCAUUCCGCCCGCGCCAAAAAGCUCAAAGCACCGCCUCAACCCGAAUCCAAAAUUUUACCACACGUCAAAAAGUCUCCCUCGCAAAAAAAAAAAAGGGCCCUCCAAAACCAAAACCACCAAAAGCUCUCUCUCUCUCUUUCCAGUGCCGAGCACUCGGAUCUCGAAAUCGGAUCACGCUGACCGGACAGAGUCCUUGGACUUGACGGUUCAGGAUGUCCGAUCACCCACCCGAUGCAAGUGGGACUCGUUUUCAGAUGGUGGGGCUGAUUCCCCGUACGGGCGUCACGUGUCCAGUAAAUGUAUCGAAUGGCCCAUGAUUCAGGUCUGAGUCAAUACACCCGAACCUUCCCCAAUAAAAUAACCACCCACAAUUCAAAAACACACACUCACAUAUACGACACAUCCUCUGGUGCUCCCUCAGCCUCCCCCCGCGCCCCCCUCCUCCGAGAGAGCGAACGAGAGAGAGAGAGAGAGAGAGAGAGAGAGAGAUGACUGGAGCUGGGGAUUUGGGCUUCUCUCUAUUCUGCUUCGUUUUCUUCUUCAUUAUCUCUGAUCCACAAUGAACCGGGACCUGGAUUUCUUCUUCUCGGAAGAAGAUGGCCCAAACGCAAACCCAAGAACCCAAUGCGCAGGAGCAGCAACGCUCGAUGUGUGCUCUGGACGCCCUGUACUGCGAGGAGGAGCGUUUGGAGGAAGGAGAGGAAGAGAGCUAUUACAGUAAUAACACUACUCAACUGAACCCUGAACUGUUAUGGGAGCGGGAAGACCUGUGCUGGGAAGACAAUGAGGGGGAGCUCGAGUGUUUGCUUUCAAAGGAAGAAGAGAAUAAUCGCCUUUUGGGGAGCUUCGGAGCAAACCCGUCUCUGGUUGGAGCUCGCCGGGAGGCCGUGGAGUGGAUGCUCAAGGUCAAUGCUUAUUACUCUUUCUCUGCGCUCACGGCGUUGCUGGCCGUUAACUACCUCGAUAGGUUCCUCUCUAGCUUUCGAUUUCAGAGGGAGAAGCCGUGGAUGACCCAGCUCGCCGCCGUUGCUUGUCUGUCUCUGGCGGCCAAGGUGGAGGAGACCCAAGUGCCCCUCCUAUUAUACCUGCAAGUUGAGGACGCUGGGUACGUGUUCGAGGCGAAAACGAUUCAGAAAAUGGAGAUUCUGGUGCUUUCGACGCUUCAAUGGAAGAUGAAUCCUGUAACCCCAAUGUCGUUUCUUGAUUUAAUUGCAAGGAUGCUUGGGUUGAAGGGGCGGCUCUGUUGGGAAUUUCUCAGGAGAUGCGACCGCAUCCUUCUCUCCAUUGUUUCUGAGUCUAGGUCAAUGUGCUAUCUCCCAUCAGUAAUUGCAAUGGCGACAAUGCUGCAAGUCAUCAAUAGCGUAGAACCCUGUGUUGGAGUAGAAUACCAAAACCAGCUUCUGGGUAUUCUCAGAAUCGACAAAGACAAAGUAGAUGACUGCCGUCAGCUAAUUCUGGAAUUGGCACCCAGAGGCGAUGGCAAUUCCCAUUCCAACAAACGCAAGCAUCGGUCGGAGCCGGGCAGCCCAAACGGCGUCAUUGAUGCGUCGUUCAGCUGCGACAGCUCGAACGAUUCGUGGGCUGCUGCGUCAUCUGUCUCGUCAUCGCCGGUGCCCCUGUCCAAGAAGAGCAGAGCCCAUCAGGGCCAGCAUCAGCCGCACUGCAAUCCCGCGUCGGCUGACUAGUUCCUCAAUCUCUCUCUUUCCUUCUUCUCUCCUUAUGGACCAAUUAGUCUAUGCAUGGUUAAUAAUUCAUGUGUUCUUUUUAUGUGCAAGUUAAAUUGCCUACCAUCUCUGCGUUUUAAGUUUCAUCAAUCUCUGUGCGCGUCGGAGAUGAUUGUGUGAUUCGGAAGUAGAGAUGGCUGGCAUUUUAUCCGGAAGAAAUCGAAGAACAUGAACAUAGCAAUGAAGAGUAUUUGCAGUAAUAUAAUCUUUUCUCUUCCCUUC